AUGGCGAACAAACAAUCGAUACUCAUGUCGUUCUCUACAGAUGGGUUGGAUCCAUCAUUGCUAGUUCCAUCCUCAGAAAUGAAUAAUUUUCGAUCCGAAAAUCCAUCCGAGGAGCAAAAAGACAAGCAACGGGACACCAAACAGGAGCAAGACAACAACGUGGAGGCUGGUGAAUCUACUACUGAAAGUACCAUACUGGCUGCUGGAAAGCUAUCAACCGCUCGAAGAGUAUCCAUUAUUGGUAUACUGGCAAGCCUCUAUGUGAUCAAUACCUUUGGCACUGGAAUCCUUGUGGCCGCUUUGCCACGCGUGGCUCUUGAUGUCCACCUCUCCGAAGCCCUGAUCUUCUGGCCUGUGGCCGUCUACAAUCUUGCUGCGGGAUGUUUGUUACUGAUUUUUGGUGCCAUCGCCGACAUCGUCGGCACCAAACUGAUGUGGCUGACUGGAACUUACCUCUACAUCGCCUUUACCCUGGCGGUCGGCUUCUCUCGCUCCGGCAUUCAAAUCAUCAUGUUUCGGACGUUCCAAGGUGCUUCCAUUGCCGUGAGCCUCCCCACUACAGUGAGCUUCAUUACCAAUACCUUUCCCAAGGGAAAUUGGCGCAAUGUAGCAUUCGCGACAGUUGGUCUUGGAUCACCCUUGGGCUUCGCUCUAGGCCUUGUCUUGGGCGGUGUAUUCACUGACACCAUCGGGUGGAGGUGGGCUUACUACAUUGCUGCUAUGAUGAACUUCCUGAUAUCCACUGCGGCCAUAUGGUUGCUGCCGAAUAUUCACCAGGCUAGUCAUACUGAUUCACGCAUCCGUCGACUCACGCGAGAUAUCGACUGGGUCGGCGCGAUCGUCAUCAGCGUCGGCCUGGGCCUACUACUCUUCCAACAGAUAGAGCACACCUCAGCGCUCGAGAGCUCCUUGAGGUUCAUACCCCAUGUAUGCGGAGGCCUAUUCAUCAACGUGUUGACAGGUUACCUCGUCUCGCGGGUUCACAUACAGAGCCUCGCCGUCAUAACCGCCAUAGUGACAGCGAUCUCCCCUCUUCUGAUGGCCACGAUGCCCAUGAACUCUAACUACUGGUUUGCGCCCUUCUGGGCUCUGGUACUAUCACCUAUCAACCCUGAUGCCCUAUUUACGAUCUCGAACCUCGUCAUCUCGGAUGCAUUUCCUGAUGAUACACAGUCGCUCGCUGGUGGCGUCUUCAGUGAAAUCUGUCAGUUUGGCAACUCUGUUGGCCUGGCUAUAAUAGCGGUCAUUGCGAGGUCCGUCUCGGAGAGGUCGGACGCCACUACCCACGAGGCUUGGCUCAUGGUAGGUUUCAGAGCCGCGUUCUGGACAAUAUUUGCUGGCUGUGUUAUUGUCAUUCCGUUGAGCUUCUUCGGACUGCGGAAGGGGGGCUUGAUCGGAAAGAAAGGCCCCAACGCGAACCAGCAAUGA